AUGCUCCAGACCCUGUAUGACUACUUCUGGUGGGAACGGCUGUGGCUGCCUGUGAACUUAACCUGGGCUGAUCUAGAAGACCGGGAUGGACGUGUCUAUGCCAAAGCCUCAGACCUCUACAUCACACUACCCCUGGCCUUGCUCUUCCUCAUCGUUCGAUACUUCUUUGAGCUUUACGUGGCCACCCCACUGGCUGCCCUCCUGGUAUAAGGAGAAAAGCUAGGCUGCGGGGCACCUCCCAGCCACCUUAGACAUUUCUACCUGACCAGUGGCAAGCAGCCCAAACAGGUUGAAGAAGAGCUCACCAAUCCGCGGCAGGCCGGGCUCAUCUCUGUAGCCAUGGGUAGAAGCUAGUUCGGUAGCCGCCCAUAGCUCAGACAGCCCAGUCUCCUCAAAGUUCAGAAAGCCAGCUGGAGAUUCACCUUUGCUUUUAUCUGAUACAUAAAAGCUUUCAUUGCUGGCAUGGCCGUCAUUGUGGAUGUGGUAAAACCCUGGUUCUAUGACAUGAAGAAGGUUUGGGAGGCUAUCAUACAGAGCACCAUCCCUUCCCAGUAUUGGUACUACAUGAUUGAACUUUCUUUCUACUGGUCCCUGCUCUUCAGCAUUGUGCCUCUGAUGUCAAGCGUGGGAUUCAAGAACAGAUCCAUCCACUGCGUGGCUACCAUCAUCCUCAUCAGCUUCUCCUGGUUUGCCAAUUACAUCCGAGCAGGGACUCUGAUCAUGGCUCUUCAUGACUCUUCUGACUACCUGCUAGAGUCAGCCAAGAUGUUUAACUAUGCGGGAUGGAAAAACACCUGCAACAACAUCUUCAUCGUCUUCGCCAUUGUCUUCAUCAUCACCCGACUGGUCAUCCUGCCCUUCUGGAUCUUGCACUGCACCGUGGUGUACCCAUUGGAGCUCUACCCCGCCUUCUUUGGCUACUACUUCUUUAAUUCCAUGAUGGGAGUGCUACAGCUGCUACAUGUCUUCUGGGCUUACUUCAUUCUGCGCAUGGCCCACAAGUUCAUAACUGGAAAGCUGGUAGAAGAUGAACGCAGUGACCCGGAAGAAACCGAGAGCUCAGAGGGGGAGGAGGCUAUAGCAGGGGGAGGAGCAAAGAGCCGGCCACUAGCCAACGGCCACCCUGUCAUCAGUAACAACCAUCGUAAGAAUGACUGAACCAUUGUUCCUGCUGCCCCUCAGAUUAAUGCGUAAAGCCAAGGAACUAGUCCCUCCUCCCCACAGGGCCACUUUGAGCCCUGGGGGCUGGGGAGGGGGGCUGGGAAGCAGAAAGCAAGGAGAAAGUUCUUCUGUGUCCCAGCCCCCUGCUUCUUUGUCACCCAGUUGCCUUUAAACCAAAUUCGAACCAGCCAAUCCCCAGGUAGAGGGGAGGCUGGUACAUCCUUUGUUAGAGGGGGACGGACUUCUUUUCCUCUCUUUUUUUCAAGGUGUACUGUUGUUUCUGAGGCCCUUCCUCAGCUCUGGGGGUGGGGGUUACAACUCACAUUCCUUAUUCUUCAGAAUUUGGCCCCAGCUGUUUGCCUCUGACCCCCUGACCUCCAGAGCCAGGGUUGUGCCUUACUGUGCCACCUGUGGGCCUCAUUCUGCCAAAGAUGGACCAAGGCUCACCUUUCUAGGCUCCCUAACUUGGGCCAGAAACCAAAGCUGAGCUUUUACUUUUUUCCCUCCAAAGACACAAAUGAAUUGAGUGUAGGAGGGUACACAUGACCCCUGCCCUACCUCUGCCAAAAAGGAGGAGCCACACUGGGACUGUUCGGCCGCUCUACGUGUCACUUCUCUGCCAGCUCUCUCUAGUCACAGGUCCAAGAUCUUACUGCCUCCUUUCUCUGGCCUCUUUCCCUAGGCUAGCUGGUUUGGAAUAGAAUGGCAACUAGUUCUAAUUUUUAUUUAUUAAACAUUCGGUGUUUUGGUUUUCAAGCCAGAAUUACAGCUAGCACCUGGCAUUUGAGCAGAGGGACCACUUCAGACCAAAAUGUACUGUUAAUGGUGUUUUGUUUUUUUUUUAAUUAAAAUAUAUUAAAGAUGAAAACAUGGCAACAAGUGUCUGAGACUAGCAGGAACUGCGAAGGGGGAUCAACUAAAUAAA